AAUUAUCUAACCACAUUUGGUUUUAUAGGCAGGCAAUAAGAUAUAAGAGAUAGGUAAAGCAAGGCCCCUUUUUGUCUGCUGCUUCUUGCUCUAGCUAUUCAUACACAAAAUGGAUUCUUCUGUGAUUUGGAUUAUUUUAUUCCACCAUAUUUGUUUACCACAAUCAAGAAAUGCUCCUGCUAUACAUAUACCAGUUUCAAUUAAGCUCGCCUGUCAUAAAUAUCUUGUAGUUCUUGUAUUCAGAAUCCACAGCCAACAUUGGUUACAAUAAAUAAUCUGCAUAUAGCUAACAGGCAAAACAACGUAUCCCAAACGUCAAAAUUUCUGUCAAGUUUAAUGUAUUGGUUGACUAUUUUAAAUAUAUAUAUGUGAACCAAGGUAGAUCCAAGUUUCAGCCAAUCUAACUAUAAAACAUCAGAUUUGAUAUGGUUAAAUCUAGGAAGAUAUAUACUUUAGCUAACCAAACCACACGAACUAAACAGAAAUAAUAUCAGAUUAAUAAGUGCAUGUGCAUACCAUAUGUCACGCCGGCUUCAAAUAAAUGUGUGAACCGUUCAAGAGCAAGAGGUUUAUUGUGUUCCACUCCUUAUUUAUACCCACCAUGCUUGUUGUUAUAAAGCUACGGUCUUAAGUUAUAGUCUAUUGUUUUGAUUUAGUCAGUGUAGUGUUGUUAGGCCACCAUCACAUCAGUAAAACUAAUAAUGUUGGAUGCCAAACAAGACUAGUGAACCAGGUUAAUCUCAUACUGGGAGUCAGUACAGACACACCUGUACAUCUUUAACCCCAAGUAACAAAUGCUAAACUUUUAAUAUAACACUAUUUAAUGUUUUAAGUUAGAAAACAUGCACACAUAAUUAACAAUAAAAAAGUAUAUAUAUAUAAGAUAAAAAAUAUAACUAUUUUACAUUUUUAUUAUAUUAUAUAUCAAGUUUUAAAUCAACAAGUUUACAAUUAUAAUAUGACUCAUUGGAAUCCAGCACUCUCUUUUUUUACAAGGCAAUAAUUCCUAUAGGAACAAGAUUAUUCUUUGGUUCAUGAUGCACAGGCCAAAGUCAUCAGUAAAAUGGCAGAUGUAUAAAGAUGUUCAGGGUCAGUGGUGGUAUGAUUAAGCAGUGUAAUGAUUUAGGACCAAUUCAUGCUUUGAAAUAUAAAACAAUAAAAAAAAUGAGCGAGGCAGAAAAUUCUCAAGGAAAAAUUCUACGAUUCAAUGCUGAUACAUCUAGUCCAACACAUACAGCAUCCAACAAAGCAAAAUAUCAGUUUACUGGAAAAUAUAACCGCACAGCUUUAAACAAAAGGAUUUCCCUGGAAGGAUGGAUUGACUCUGAGUUACGAAGACUUUUUCACUGUAAAGAUGAUGAAUCAUAUGAUGUAGAGAUUGACAUUGACAUCCUGUUAGAACAAGAAGAUAAUGAAACAUGUACAAAUAUGCUGCAGAAGCUAUUAAAGGAUGCAAAAAACCCAGUAGAAGAAUUUAUAAAGGAGCUGUUGAUCAGGAUGCAAGAGUUAGACAAGAAUAUCCGAGGUACAGCUGUUGAUACAAAGGAGCCAUCAAUUAGCUGUUAACUAAAGUGUAAAUUUAUUGACUUUUUAUUAUUUUUUUUUGGCAAAGCAUAGUGCAAGUGAUAACUUUGAAAUUCACUACAAGUGUCAACAACAACUUUUUUGAUGACCAAGCCCAAUUUUAGUGAGACAUAUAGCAUAUGUAUAAGCGGGUGAUUUUAUAGCUUAUAAAUAAAAAAAAAUCGCAGUUGUUAGCAUAAUAUUUAACUUCGCUACCAAAAGAUUUAACCAGCCCAAUAUUUAGCAAUCAGCAUUCUAUAAAAAAUAUUAUAUCUACUGAAGCAAAUAAAUUUACUCGGGAUGCACUUAUGUUUUUUAGCAAAAAGAUGUUAUUCAAUUUUCUUGUGUUAUUUUGCUCAUUAAAUUUUUAUUAUUCCUUUGAUUUUGCUAUUCAUAGGAAAGUUGACCUGGUCAUUUUAAUUAUAUUCAGAAAAAAUAAAAUAAGAAAACCUCUGAGAUAUGUAAAAAAAUAUGACAGCAUUUUCUAAAAAUAUUUAAUAUCUUUGUAUAUUUUCACAUUUGUAUUUUUCAUACUGGGUGAUAUUGAAUGAAAUAACAUUAACCAUUUUUAUGUGCAUAAAUUAUUUACCAUAUAAUUUAUGCAAUAUUUAUAAUCUUGAAUUUUUAACCUAAUUAAUUAUGUUUAUAUAUUAUAUUCUUUUUAGAAAUCUUAUUAAAUAUGUUCAUUAGUACCUAUUUAGUCAGUUUUGAUAUAUGAGUAACAUAAAUCAUUAAUAUAUUAUGCUUCCAAAUUUAUAAAAUUGUACAAAAAUUAGUUAAAAAUGUAAACGAAAAUUUAUGUA